AUGAAUUCUAGACUGCGGGGUUGGCAUAGCAAAUUGAUUCCUCAAGAAGGUAGAACAACUCAACUUAAUUCUGUUCUUAGUACUAUGGAUAUGUAUCAGAUGCAAGUUUUCAAAUUACCUGAUACAACUAUUGCUCACAUGAAUAAGAUUCAAAGACAGUAUUGGUGGCAUAAUUUUACCAAUCAUAAGUCUCCCCGUGUUAUUUCUUGGGACAAUGUCAAUUUGCCUAAAAAGCUUGGGGGCCUAGGUUUGAAGAAUCUUAAGAACUAUAACUCAAUUGUUCUUAAACAUGCAAAAUUGAAAAUUGGUAAUGGUACAACAAUCAACAUCUGGACCCAUAACUGGAUUCCAGAUUUAAAUGCUCAUCUUCAAGACUGGUAUGAUUUUCAUCUCAGUAAUUAUCAGUGGGUUUCUCAGCUUAUUGAUACUUCUUCUUCACAGUGGAAUGUCCCUUUACUCAGACAAUUAUUUACUUCUUCUCAAGUUGAUUCGAUCCUUACAAUUCCAAUUCAGUUAGAUCAACAAGACUCUCUGAAAUGGCCUCUCACUGCUGCUGGUAUUUUCACAACUAAAUCUACUUAUCAUCAUCUUUGUGAAAGUCAACACAGUGUUGCUGUCGCUACUACCUUGUCGACAAAAUUCUGGCUGAAGUUCCGGAAGUUGCAGAUUCCUUAUAAGUUUCAACCGUUUCUCUGGAAGAUUUUUCAGAAUUACCUACCUGUCAAGACUAAGUUGUUUCAUCAGAAUAUAAUUACAUCUUCAGAUUGUGUUCUCUGCAACAACAAUCAGCUUGAAAGUGUGGAUCAUCUAAUGUAUUAUUGCCCUUUCACUGCUGCCAUUUGGAGACAUUUCAUUCCUCAGAUGUAUCAAGAUUUAAGUCAGCAUCAACAUUUUAUUGACUGGAUUCGAAAUUGGCAAUCUCCUGACUCUGAAAUCAGCAUUUACCACUCAUCUAAGAUCAUCCACAUCAUUGCUUGCAUGCUACACACUAUUUGGAAACAUAGAUGCCAAGUUAUUUUUAAUAAUGCUACUCCUAACAUUACUGUAGUCAUCCGUAGCAUUACAAAUUACUUGCAUUUCCAUCAUCUCACAUUAUCUGACAAUACUGUCAUUCCUGUUAGAAAUAACCUUAGACUUGAUUUUCCUUGGCAGCCUCCUCCUCCUGGUUUUUUGAAGAUUAAUAUAGAUGCCUCAUUUCAUCCUAAUUUUAAUUUAGCUGGAAUUGGUAUCCUAAUUCGAGAUCAUGCAGGACGCUUUGUGGCAUCAAAAGGAGUCUGGAAGAGGACUCACAGUGCAUUUCAAGCAGAGGCAUGGGCUCUGGUUGAAGGUAUGAAUCUAGCUCUGUCCCAUGGAUGGCAUCAAGUUAUCUUUGAAUCAGAUAACUUAAUAAUGUGUAGGUUUGUUCAACAACAACAUCCUCCUCCUCCUUGGAGGAGUUUACCUCUUUUGAAGAGUUGUAUAAAUAUGUGUAAUAAUAGUUCUCUAGCUUGGUCUUGUAAUCAUGUUUAUAGGUGUUGUAAUAAAGCAGCUGAUGCUUUAGCAAAAGCUGUUAGAAGGUUGUAUCUGAAUGAGGAAUGGUGGUAUCACCCACGUGACAUGUUAAUUCCUCAUUUAAACUCUGAUAAUCAUCAUAUUCAUCAGUAUAAACCCAUGGUGUAUACUGCUGUGAUUGUUGUUUUAGUUUUCAUAACAAUUUUAGGUGUACUAUCAGUAAUUGUGGGAAGACUCUGUUCUGGGAAAAGAGUUAUAGGUAUUGGUGAAUAUGAUUUUGAAAGUUGGGUUGAAAGGAAAUGUUCCACUUGUAUUGAUGGACGAAUUGAUGUUGCACCAAAUCAUAAUCAACAACAACAACCAUCAUCUUCUGAUCAUCAUCAUAUUGCAAUUCCAGCUGAAACACCUCCCGAAGAAUCAAAGCCAUCAUCAUCAACAACAACAGAGCAAAAUCCUAAUCAGAAUCAACAUGCAUCAACUUCAACUGAUUCUUGA